UCCAAUUGCGCAAGUUCGAGCGCUGCCGGCUGCUGUACGAGCAGUUCCUGGAGUUCGGACCGGAGAACUGUAUCACAUGGAUGAAGUUCGCCGAGCUGGAGAACUUCCAGGACAACACGGAGCGGAGCAGCACCGCUGUGGCGGCGGCACUCUUUUCUUACGUGUGUAUACAUAAAAUUAACUAACUUUCAAUUUUACAGUCCCGUUCCUGAAAGAAACGGCUUAUUUUCAUAUAUCGAUAUAUACCGAUAACGACAGCACAAAAUCAAAAUACCUUUGUACGAUAACGGGCCUUAAGUGGUGAAACAUGAGCUGGCCAUACUACAAAACGCUUGAGAAAAAUAAGCUGGUCACACUACAAAAAAAGCUUUCAAUGUAAGGAUGGCAGACUAGCUUAUUUCAAGAUAGAUUUAAAGCUCUGCUACAACAUUGGUAAAAGGACAUCUCUAAUUUUCACCUCGUGCAGUAAAAUUAUUUUAUUUUAUAAUUAAUUAAGUAAGAAAAGAAAUACAGAAGCUAUGGAACGGCCCCAAAAGAUGGCCAAGGUGAACAACAUGGCGCCAGCGGAGGUGCAGAUAACGGCAAAGUAGCUGCUCCAUGAGGCCAAGAAACGGGACUUGGAGAUUCAGGACCAACAGCAGCAGCAAGUGACCGCCCAGCAAAAGCAGGCGGCGGCGCAGGCUCAGCAGCAACAGAGGGAACAGCAGCAGCAGCAGCAAGUGACCGCCCAGCAAAAGCAGGCGGCGGCGCAGGCUCAGCAUCAACAGAGGGAACAGCAGCAGCAGCAGCAACUGGUCAAAUCCCAGGCGCAGGCCCAACAGCAGCAGGCGCUUGCCAACGCCAUUCAACAGAUCCUACAGGUGGUCCCAAACACCUUCAUCACCUCGCAUCAGCAGGCUCAGGCGCAGCAGCAACAGCAACGGAGGCGCUGAGGCGCUUCGAGGAGGGCCAAAGCGCGCAUCAUGUACAAAUACGCGCUGGGCCACCUGCCCAAGGACCGAACCCAGGAGCUAUUUAAGGCCUACACCAUACACGACAAGAAGUACGGCAAUCGGAAUGGCAUCGAGGAGCUGAUACCGCACAUGCAGUUCACGUUCAGCAAGCUGUGGCUGCUCUACGCCCAGUUCAAGGUCCGCUACAAUGAGCUGCAGCGGGUUCGCAAGGCCCUUGGCCUGGCCAUCGGUAUGUGUCCGCGCGACAAGCUCGUUCUCGGCUACAUCGACCUGGAGAUCCAAUUGCGCGAGUUCGACAGCUGCCGGGUGCUGUACUAGUUCAUGGAGUUCGAACCAAAACACUAUCACAUGGAUGAAGUUCGCCCUACGGCUGGACUGCAGUCCUUCCGCUCGAACCAGAUCAUCCUGAGGGUCCAGCCAGACGGAGCCUCGGGCAUGUUUAUCCGGCAACCGGCUACGCAGACGCUGCAGACGCAGCA